GAAAUGUUAGAAGAAGGACAGGAGUAUGCUACGAUGCUUUAUACAUGGAGGAGCUGUUCAAGAGCCAUUCCUCAGGUGAAAUGUAAUGAACAGCCCAACAGAGUGGAGAUCUAUGAGAAGACUGUGGAGGUGCUAGAGCCUGAAGUCACCAAACUGAUGAACUUCAUGUAUUUUCAGCGGAAAGCAAUUGAUCGUUUCUGUGGGGAAGUACGUCGUCUUUGUCAUGCUGAGCGGAGGAAGGACUUUGUGUCUGAAGCUUAUCUGCUCACACUGGGGAAGUUCAUCAACAUGUUUGCCGUGCUGGAUGAAUUGAAGAACAUGAAGUGCAGUGUCAAAAAUGACCACUCUGCCUAUAAGAGAGCUGCCCAGUUCCUGAGGAAAAUGUCAGAACCGUCUUCCAUUCAGGAAUCUCAAAACUUAUCCAUGUUCCUGGCCAACCACAAUAAGAUCACUCAGUCCCUUCAGCAGCAGCUUGAGGUGAUUAAUGGGUUUGACGAGUUACUGGCAGACAUUGUUAACCUGUGUGUGGACUAUUACGAAAACAAGAUGUACCUCACCCCGAGCGAGAAACACUUGCUACUCAAAGUUAUGGGCUUUGGUCUCUAUCUGAUUGAUGGAACCAGCAGUAGCAUCUACAAACUGGAUGCCAAGAAGAGAAUCAACCUCACCAAGAUUGACAAGUUUUUCAAGCAAUUGCAGGUAGUACCUCUGUUUGGUGACAUGCAGAUUGAACUGGCCCGCUACAUCAAAACCAGUGCUCACUAUGAGGAAAACAAGUCCAGGUGGUCAUGCACAUCUGCAGGCAGUAGCCCACAGUAUAAUAUAUGCGAGCAGAUGAUUCAAAUCCGUGAAGACCACAUGCGCUUCAUUUCUGAGCUGGCUCGCUACAGCAACAAUGAGGUGGUGACGGGUUCAGGGCGUCAGGAUGCUCAAAAGACAGACUCGGAGUACAGGAAAUUGUUUGAUCUGGCUUUGCAGGGCCUGCAGCUGCUUUCUCAGUGGAGUGCUCAGGUCAUGGAAGUGUAUUCCUGGAAAUUGGUGCACCCCACCGACAAAUACUCCAACAAAGAUUGCCCCGACAAUGCCGAGGAGUAUGAACGUGCCACCAGAUACAACUACACCAGCGAGGAGAAGUUUGCAUUGGUGGAGGUCAUUGCCAUGAUCAAGGGCCUGCAGGUGCUGAUGGGCCGAAUGGAGAGUGUGUUCAACCAUGCCAUCCGUCACACUAUCUACUCUGCCUUGCAGGACUUCGCCCAGGUCACACUCAGAGAACCGCUACGCCAGGCUGUCAAGAAGAAGAAGAACGUCAUCCAGAGUGUACUCCAGGCCAUCCGUAAGACCAUCUGUGACUGGGAGACGGGCAGAGAGCCACAUAAUGACCCAGCGCUGCGGGGCGAGAAGGACCCUAAAGGAGGAUUUGACAUAAAAGUUCCUCGUCGUGCUGUUGGACCCUCAAGCACUCAACUGUAUAUGGUGAGGACAAUGCUGGAGUCUCUGAUUGCUGAUAAGAGCGGCGCUAAGAAAACUCUACGCAGCAGUCUGGAGGGGCCCACCAUCCUGGACAUUGAGAAAUUCCAUCGCGAGUCCUUUUUCUACACUCACCUGCUCAACUUCAGUGAGACGCUGCAGCAGUGCUGUGAUUUGUCCCAGCUCUGGUUUCGUGAGUUCUUCCUGGAGCUUACAAUGGGCCGCCGCAUCCAGUUCCCCAUUGAGAUGUCCGUGCCCUGGAUUCUCACCGACCACAUUCUGGAGACUAAAGAGGCCUCUAUGAUGGAGUAUGUGUUGUAUUCACUGGACCUGUACAACGACAGCGCACACUAUGCUCUCACAAAGUUUAAAAAGCAGUUCCUUUAUGAUGAGAUUGAGGCAGAAGUGAACCUCUGCUUUGACCAGUUUGUCUACAAGCUUGCAGAUCAAAUUUUCGCCUACUACAAGAUUCUUGCCGGAAGUCUUCUUCUGGAUAAAAGGCUAAGAGCUGAAUGUAAGAAUCAGGGUGCCAACAUUCCAUGGCCUUCCUCCAACCGUUAUGAGACACUGCUCAAACAGAGGCAUGUCCAGCUCCUGGGUCGAUCAAUCGACUUGAACCGCCUGAUCACACAGCGAGUAUCUUCUGCGCUUUACAAAUCCCUAGAGCUGGCCAUCAACCGCUUUGAGAGCGAGGACCUUACCUCCAUUGUGGAGUUGGAGGGUUUGCUGGAUAUCAACAGGUUGACCCAUAAGCUCCUCAGUAUGUAUUUGACACUGGACAGCAUGGAUGCCAUGUUCCGCGAGGCAAACCACAAUGUGUCCGCACCCUAUGGCAGAAUCACUCUGCAUGUCUUCUGGGAACUCAACUAUGACUUCUUGCCCAACUACUGUUACAAUGGCUCCACGAACAGGUUUGUUCGCACUGUGUUGCAGUUUUCACAAGAGUUCCAGAGAGACAAACCUCCCAAUGCCCAGCCUCAUUACCUGUACGGCUCAAAGGCCAUGAAUUUGGCUUACAGUAGUGUAUACAGCCUCUACCGGAACUUCCUGGGACCCCCACAUAUCAAGGCUAUUUGUAGACUGCUGGGAUAUCAAGGCAUCGCAGUGGUGAUGGAAGAGCUGUUAAAGGUUGUCAAGAGCCUGCUUCAAGGCACCAUCCUGCAGUAUGUGAAGACCCUUAUGGAAGUGAUGCCCAAGAUCUGCCGUCUGCCUCGCCACGAGUAUGGCUCACCAGGUAUUCUGGAGUUCUUCCACCACCAGUUGAAGGACAUUGUGGAGUAUGCUGAGCUUAAGACUGUGUGCUUCCAGAACCUAAGGGAGGUUGGAAACGCUGUCCUCUUCUGCCUACUUAGUGAACAGAGCUUGUCUCAAGAAGAAGUAUGUGACUUGCUUCAUGCAGCACCCUUCCAGAACAUCUUGCCAAGAGUUCAUGUUAAAGAGGGUGAGCGACUGGAUGCAAAGAUGAAGCGGUUGGAGGCCAAAUACACAGCGCUGCAUUUGGUGCCUCUAAUUGAGCGUCUGGGAACCCCACAGCAAAUUGCCAUCGCUCGUGAAGGUGACCUUCUGACCAAAGAGAGGCUGUGCUGUGGUCUCUCUAUGUUUGAGGUCAUCCUGACUCGCAUACGCGGUUAUCUGGACGACCCUAUCUGGCGUGGCCCAUUGCCCAGCAACGGUGUAAUGCACGUGGAUGAGUGCGUGGAGUUUCACAGGUUGUGGAGUGCCAUGCAGUUUGUGUACUGCAUUCCAGUGGGAGCACACGAGUUCACUGUCGAGCAAUGUUUUGGAGAUGGACUGAAUUGGGCCGGUUGCAUGAUUAUCUCGCUACUGAGUCAGCACAGACGCUUUGAUAUCCUCGACUUCAGCUAUCAUCUCCUCAAGGUUCAGAAACACGAUGGCAAGGAUGAGAUCAUCAAGAGUGUGACUCUAAAGAAAAUGGUUGACCGAAUUCGCAAGUUCCAGAUUCUUAAUGAUGAAAUUUUUGCCAUUUUGAACAAGUAUCUGAAGUCUGGGGACGGAGAGAACAUGCCAGUAGAACAUGUGCGAUGCUUCCAGCCACCCAUCCAUCAGUCACUGGCCAGCAACUGAGAUUACAGUAUAUUUGCACCCGAGGAAAUUAUCAUGAUUUUGGGGAACAUAUUUAGCAACCUGUGUUUAGUUUCUAGGACCAGAUUCACCGUCACAUUCUACUUAUGGAGCCACCAGCAUUCACAGAGCCAGUAAGCUGCCUUGUGAUCUGUCGCAUGAUUUGGUAUGUACCAAUCAUUUGUAACUUUAUGGGUUUUGCACAUAUAUCAGUUUUUGGUCAAUCAGCUGAUGUCAACAGAAGUGGCCCGGUUUCACUUAGUGUAUUUCAGGUUGAUUUUUGUACACACACGUGCCUUAUUAUAGACUUUGUCUUUUAUAUGUUAAUGAUAGAACAGUGCAUUUUCAUGUUUUAUACUUGGGGAAAGUUGGGAUGAGGGUAUGAAAAUGGCCAAAUGGGUUUUAUUAAUUGAUUAUUUAAUAUUUUGCUGUGGCGUGAAACCAGCGCAUUUAUUUUCUAUUUGGUGUUUUUGAACGAUUGCAUGCUAGAUUUUCUUCUUCCAUAACAUAAAUAUGUUCUUACUCUUGAUAAACGUGCCUUUUUUUUUUAUUUGAAUUAUGUAAUCAAAUUUGAAUUCAAUAAAUAUGUAUCAAAUCCUGUUUUCUUCAAGAUUUCUUCACAAAUAAAUAAACAGGUUCA